AAGAAAAGAAGCUACGGGCGUUACACUCACCACUCCACUCCACGCUCCUCGGUUCCCCCGCUGCGGAGAAGACAGAUAGCAGCGCCGCCGACCUCGCUCCCCUCCCCGCCCCGCCCCGCCCCGCCCCGCCGUUGGAGAAGCUGGGGGCUGCCGCGGCACCUCCAAGGCUUCCGCUCGCUCCCAUCUCAUCUGGAGUGGAGAGGGCUGGAGGGGAUACAUUCAGCUUCAGUCUGUGCCUCAUCUCUUCCCCUUGCAUUAUUGGUAAGGAAAAUGCCCUAACCCGCCUUGCUUGGAUAAAGGAUAGCACCCAGAUGCCAGCGGAUUUGCUUGGAUUGUUCUACGAUUGGGGUUUAGCGGCGGCACCACCAUGUCCAUUCCUUGCCCCCGCAUGGGAGAAUAGUAUCAGGGGAACUUUAUAUGUUGCCUGCCCAAAUCCCUUUGCCUUUGUUGAUACGUCUGGUUAAAUACAGAAUUGGAGUACUAGUUACUGACAUGCCAUAAAAUAUUGACAGUGCCUUGCCAUACAUCAUUUUUUCACUGCUGUUGAGACCUGAAUAAGCAUGCUGGUCAAAUGGAGCACCUUCGCAUCCUGCCCCCUCGAUGCUUUUCGCCCGUUCAUCAUAGUGCUGUUGGUGGCUGCGUACAUCCAUGUGCCAGCCACUGCUAUUGUUGCUGUUCCAAGUUCUCAUUGUUAUACCUUCGACAGUGAUAGCCACCUUGUUGACUUCACACACCUGUCCGGGAAGAAUUUUGAAUACAACGAGGAGGGCUCAGUAACUUCUGACUUGGUUGUCCAGUUAUGCAAAGAUGUUCAGAGAAGGUCUCAGGCGGGUGGUUUCAUUGAUUUUGGCCGCUUUACCAAUCAUCGCUCUUUUGAGACUGGUUCAAAGCCGGUUGACUACAUCCAGAGAUUUCACAAUGGUGAUUUAGCGAAAUGUGAAACUACGUUUGAAGAGAUGGGCCGUACUGCACAGGUCAACAUUAUGUGUGGACGAUGCUCAAAUAAAGUAUGCAAAGAUGAACAUGGAUGCAUUUGCAGCGUAUCCUAUGAUGAAAGGAUGUGCAGGACGGUUGUUGAGCUAGCCAUUCCUUGUCCUAAAAGAGGCCCAAUAGUUUUUAAGGGUUUCACUGUGGGCUUCCACCCCCGGUCAUCCGAAGUGGUUUACAAUGGAUUGACUCAACUGGGAUUCGAACAACUUCAUCAUGGGUUUAGCUUUCCAAGUGAGCAGAUUCACGUGUCUUUAUAUCUUAGCGCCAUGUCUUCUUUCGCAGACCUAGUUGGAAAACCUACCUUCAGGGUUAAUCCGAUGAAAGGGCUUGAUGUUAUGCUUACAGGAUCAGGGGCCAAUGGUGCCGUGCCUACUGCCCUGUCUCCAACAGUUCUGAAUGUGAAUUGGAUAUGUGAAAUCAUUCGAAGCAAUCCAUAUGUGGUGAAUGUUUCAAUCCCAGUGGCGGGCUACGAUCCAAUCGAAUUCACGCUUACCAAAGAAUGUGGUUACACACAAGAAAAAGAGAGUGAUUCUAUGAGAGGGUGGGCAACAUUUGGAAUCAUCUCUUGCAUAUUCAUUGUCUUUUCGAGCCUACUUUGUUGUGGGGGGUUCAUCUACAGAAGUCGUGUAGAGCAUCAGGAUGGUUUACAUGCACUGCCUGGGAUGACUACCGUGUCUGCCUUUCUGGAUGCUGUUGGAAGACCAAGAGGCUACCUGAGAGCAGGUGAUCCUAGUGGAAAUCAUUCAAGCCAAGUAUCGUGGGAGAACACUUCUGUUACCACACCAGCAGCACAGAGGACAAAUGAUGGAAGAUAUGGGACAAUAUGAGCCAUGCUUAGUUUUGUGGAAUUUGUCUUGUAGAAUGAUGGUAUCAGCUGCACCUACUACUCCAAAUGAUCCUUGGUCGAUGGGACAAGUGGAAGGAAAAGCGUAUCAAGUAAUUUUGAGGAUACCCUACAAAGAAAAAAGUAAUUUCGAGGAGACAUUGAAUUGCAUGGCAAUAUAUGCCAAAGGAGCACGUAGUAAAUUGUUAAUGUUAUCAUGUGCGUGCAUGUCACCUCAGCCAGGACGAACUGAGGUUAGGUA